AUGGAGCAUGAUGGCUUAUUAACCAAUCAAAAGAAAGCUCGCAUGGGUUUGGGGAGUGCUAUGUGUAGAAGAUGUGGAAACAUUGAGGAAGAUACGCUGCAUGUUCUUCGAGACUGCCCUAGUAUCAACAAGUUGUGGAAUGCAGCGAAUUUAGCUAACAACAAUAUGUUAUUUUUUGCAGGUAACUUACAAGACUGGAUUCAUCUUAACUUGGAGCAUGAUGGUAAUUACAACACACCGGUGGAUGAUUAUGGCUUCAUCAUGAGACAAAUUCAUCAGUACAAGGAAGCGAAAAGGACACAUGUAGUUGCAACAGCUCCUAACAUGGAAGAGAAGAUGAUUAAAUGGGACAAACCUUUGAGAAGUUGGAUAAAGAUUAAUGUCGAUGGUGCUGCAAGUCAUUAUGGCUUACAAAUUAGAAUUAGCAUGGGAUUCAAGCAAAUUAUCAUUGAAUCAGACUCCAAACAAAUUGUCAAGGAUAUUAUCAGUAACAUAGACUCUACUACAAGUGGUAACCUCUUAUACAAGAUCAAGAAAUUGCUCCUUGCAGAAGUUGAGGUUUCCUUUAAGCAUAUUUUUAGAGAGGCAAAUAGAUGUGUUGAUGAGCUAACAAAGCAUUGA